AUGUCCGGAAAAGCUCUUGAUAAUCUCAUUAAUGACUGUAAGAAUAAUGAAUCAAGUGUCUUAUGUCAUGGUUCACGUUUAAUACGUAGUGUUGUAAAAUCAUUUCGAGAUAAUAAUACACCAUUACAGAUUAUACCAGGAUUAGAAAUUAUAUAUGUUGAACCUAAACCAUCACAUAAUAUUGUUAAGAAAACAACAACAUUUGAUGGAAGAUCAAAUUCAAUUGAUGAUAAUAAUAUUAGUAAUAAUAAUAAUAAUGAUGAUGGUGUCACAGAUGAUAAUAGUGUUUUUGGUAAAAUUAAUAAAUAUUUAAGAAGUCAUGAAUUAAAAGUUAAAUUUGCCGAUUUAAUUGAAAAAAAUGAUUUUAAAGAAACAUUUAUUGGUUUCUUAAAAAAUUUUGAUGAAGGAAAAGAAAUUAGUGAGGCAAGAAAGAAAGAUAAAGGAAUGGGUGCUGUUAUGAUUAUGGGAUUAAUGAUGGCUAAAAUGAUGGCAGCACUUGGUUUAGGCGGUAUUGGUGCUUUAGCAAUGAAAGCAUUAGGUGUUUCAAUGAUGGCAUUAAUGUUAGCUGGCAUUAUUGGAUUGAAAAGUUUAACUCAUGGAGGACAUGAGGAAAGUGGUCAUCAUGUUCAAUAUAUUACAGCACAUGAAGGACAUCAUAGACGUAGAAGAAAUCUUAAUCAUCAUAUUUUAGAGCAUCAAACACCAUCAGAAAUACCGUUACCAUAUCGAGGUUGGUAUAAUACCAAAGAAGAAAAAGUCGAAAAUACAGAUUUUCUUACAUCAAAGACAAGAAGAUAA